UAGCGGCAGUCGAGCCUUUGCCAGACUGCUGCUCUCGGCACGGGCGCUUCCACCUAUACAUAAUAUAAUAAUAAUAAUAAUAAUAUACAACAACAUCCUACUACCUAUACACAACACAUCCAUCUCCGAUUCUCGACUCGACGUCGCGCUGAGCUGAGCUCUCUGAGGCAAUACAGCAGCAGCAGCAGGGCAGGGAUUCUCUCGCCGCCGCCGCCACCGCGACUGCCGAGAAAGAGAGAGAGAGAGAGAGAAAGAGAGCCGAGAGUUUGUCUAUCGUAGCACUCGCUGGCCGCAGCCAGUGUCAGAUAUGUGCGCGAAAAUGGCUUUCCAGCACCAGCCUGGUACUGCGAUGGAAUGCCUCAGCAUUCCAAUUACUCUUCACAAAGAAAUUGAAAUCAAUGCUAAUGGCGAAGAAGUUAUGAAAUGUGGUUUUAAAAUUGGAGGUGGUAUUGAUCAAGAUUACAAAAAGAGUCCACAAGGCUACACAGAUAACGGAAUAUAUGUUACAGAGGUACAUGAAGGUUCUCCAGCAGCGAGAAGUGGGUUAAGAAUGCACGAUAAAAUAUUACAAUGUAAUGGUUAUGACUUUACAAUGGUAACUCAUAAAAAAGCUGUGGGGUAUAUUCGUAAACACCCUGUGUUAAAUCUUUUAGUUGCGCGUAGAGGUGUUACAAGUACUUAAAUUAAAAUAGGAUGAAAGAUGUGCUGAUUUAUAUAGCUUGUUUAAAUGAAAUUUUUAUAUGAAAGAUUACAUGAGGUAGAGUUUGUUACAAAGACUUGAUAUUUACAAAAAAACAUUGUAUUUGUAUUGUAUUUAUAUUCGUAGUUGCAUAAAGCCUAAAUGAAUUUAUAAAAAAAGUUUCAAAAAUAGAGUAUCUAAGGUAAUCAGUUAAUUGUAAUGAAAAAUUAUUUAUAUUAAAAGCACAUCUUUCAUAAAAAUUUAUAUCCAAAGUGUAACA